CCAUCUCGAGCCAGCCUACCCAGCGCAUGUCGCAGCGUAACCAGCAGAUGCAGGGGAUGCAAGGAGCGAGGGGCAACUCCAACAGCGGCCAGAGCAACCCGAACAACCCCCCGAAUCCGCAGAAGAGGGCCAGGUUCUUCGUCGCCCUCUUCGACUACGACCCCGCCACCAUGUCCCCCAAUCCGGACGCCUGCGACGAGGAGCUGCCGUUCUCGGAGGGGGACACGAUCAAGGUGUGGGGCGACAAGGACGCCGACGGCUUCUACUGGGGGGAAUGUAGAGCCAUCUCGAGCCAGCCUACCCAGCGCAUGUCGCAGCGUAACCAGCAGAUGCAGGGGAUGCAAGGAGCGAGGGGCAACUCCAACAGCGGCCAGAGCAACCCGAACAACCCCCCGAAUCCGCAGAAGAGGGCCAGGUUCUUCGUCGCCCUCUUCGACUACGACCCCGCCACCAUGUCCCCCAAUCCGGACGCCUGCGACGAGGAGCUGCCGUUCUCGGAGGGGGACACGAUCAAGGUGUGGGGCGACAAGGACGCCGACGGCUUCUACUGGGGGGAAUGUAGAGGUGCGUUCGGGAAGUUCACUCUUUUCACUCUAAUCGCUCUAAGCACACUAAAUCCGUUCGAGUAUUCACCUCUGAGUAAAUAG